CUCUCAGCCAAGGACAAGCAUGUCGUUGUUAUUGGUGGUGGUGAUACUGGUAACGAUUGUAUUGGUACUUCUAUUCGUCAUGGAUGCAAGUCGGUUGUCAACUUUGAGUUGCUUCCUCAACCCCCUCAAACUCGUGCCAACGAUAACCCAUGGCCUCAAUUCGCUCGUGUCCACAAGGUUGAUUAUGGUCACAGUGAAGUCCAAGCUCACUUUGGCAAGGAUCCUCGUGAAUACUGUGUCAUGUCCAAGGAGUUUGUCAAGGAUGCUGAAGGCAAUGUCAAGGGUAUCAACACUGUUCGUGUUGAAUGGACCAAGGAUGAAAAUGGCCGUUGGGCUAUGAAGGAUGUUCCUGGCUCUGAAGAAUUCUUCCCUGCUGAUUUGGUGCUUUUGUCCAUGGGCUUUUUGGGUCCUGAAGAAGCUCUUGUCAAGCAACUUUCUCUCAAGCAAGAUGGCCGUACCAACAUUGAGACUCCCAAGGGCAAGUACAGCACCUCAGCUCCUGGCGUAUUUGCUGCUGGUGAUUGCCGUCGUGGUCAAUCACUCAUUGUGUGGGGUAUCAACGAAGGUCGCCAAUGUGCUCGUGAAGUCGAUCUUUUCCUUGAAGGCAGCACUUAUCUUCCUGUUGCUGGCGGUAUCAACAAGCGUGCUUAA